AUGAAGUUUAUUAGAGGAUAUAUACACUCGUAUAAUGAAGCAUCUUUAAUAGUACAUGCUGUAAGGCUAGGUAUAAUCGAGCCUAUCAAAGAAAGAUUGUCUAACGCAGACAGAGAGAACAUAAAAAGCGGAUGUAUAUUCGUGUUUAUCGAGGACGAUAGCGGGAUCAAGCGGUGGACAGACGGAAAGAUAUGGUCUCCCUCUAAAAUACUUGGCCAUUUCCUUCUCUACAAAGAAGUGCCCAAGCAUCUCAGCAAGAGCGCGAUAAAGAAGAGAAACGCAAAUGCGGUCAAGAGAGAACGGGUUAUCUCCAUCCAUACCCAGAUGCAAAACGAUGAGUUCUCGCUCUUCAAAAAAACCAUAUCUAUUAAGCACGAAACCAAGUCGUAUCACAUAAUAUCGUAUUUUCAGCCGAUUUUUGAUAAGCGUGGCAUUUUGGAGUUCCCGUUUUUCAGAAGUCUAAACAGCACGCUCGUGAAUCACCCAGAUCUUAUGUCUGAUCACCAUGUGGAGGCUUUAAAAUUAAGAAAUGUGAAUUUGUACACGAAAUACGGCCUUCUCAAAUUUGAAAAAGGAAAUAUUCUGCCGGAAAUUGAUAGAAACGCGAUGGAAAGAAUGACCUGUUACAUUCUAUCCAACCGUUUGAGGAUAGACAGAAGUGUUUACAGAAAAAGAUGA